UCUGUUCGAAUGUUCUCUACCAACUAUUAAUAUAUAUAGCCCUAUUCUCAUAGCGAGGAAGUCUUAUUGAGAAACUUUGGGGUCCUCUGUGAUCGGAGGUGGAACAGUGCUUCGCCUUAACGAAUAUAACUAUCUCUGUAAGACUGCUGCUUACACCAGAAGAAAAAUUGCAUUUUGGAGCGUCGCUACUCGAAAGAAACGUUGCCAAGAAAUUGACCGAACCAACAAACAUGAAAGAAGAAGUUUGUUCGGCCAUCAAGUUCCUCUCGGAGGUUCUUUCAAGGAACUCAAAAGUUAACCAAGAAAAAAUUCUAAAAUUUAAGGACACAUUAGAACAGUUAAUCAUCGCGAGAUUCGAGAACCACUGGCACCCAAACAAGCCUUUGAAGGGAAAUGCGUUUAGAUGCAUCAACAUUGAUGAACUAACAGGCAUCGACCCAGUGUUACUGACAGCGACGAAGGCGAGUGCAAUAUCACCUUCAGUUCUGUUAGAGCUCUUCCCAGGCGGACUAGCACUAUGGAUUGACCCAGGAGAGGUGUCAUGUAGAAUUGGAAAAGGUUCUAUCUGUCCGAUUUAUUGUAAAAACCCUCAGCAACAACAACUUCAGCCGCAGCAGCAAUUUACGAAUCACUCUCAAAGGCAUCUUCAAUCCUUGUACUUCAACUCGGAUUAUCGUCAAUGCUCACAAUUCAGCUAUAAGCAGACGCUUUUCACAAGGAAAGUCAAUAACAAGGAAAACUUCGACAGGUAUCAUUGGGUCAGCAAGGACUAUUCCAAAAGACCCACAGAGGUAUUUUAAAGCCACAGAAAACACUCUCCUUGAACACAUCCACCGACCCGUUGGACCGGACUUGCACAACGUUUGCCACACACACGAACUUUUAAAUUAAGUUUAGAGCAGAAUGUUUUUAAUGUUUCUUGUACAUAGCUAAAUAAUUUCUAUGUACAGAAUUAUCUUAGAAUUUAUUGGAGCAUUUAAAUGAAAUGUAAUUUUCAUGUCUAUUUUUUGCUACUAACUGGGAAUGGCUUAAUAUAAUUUGUAAAUUUGUACAUGUACAAUUGAGAAAUAGAUUACGGAGCUUCUCAAGGAGCGAAAUUGGGAAGAAAUUAGCGUAGAGUUUCAUUAUUUUGUACAGAUACAAGAGUUCCGUGUUAUAUGGUUUAAUAAAAGCGUUAAGUUGAUGAAA